AUGGCGGCGGCUGGAGCUGGCCGUCUGAGGCAGGCGGCGUCGGCCCUGCUACUCCAGGCCCUGCGCCUGCCGGCCAGGGAGCUGUCAGCUCCGGCUCGGCUCUAUCACAAGAAGGUUGUUGAUCAUUCUGAAAAUCCCCGGAAUGUGGGGUCCCUUGAUAAGACAUCUAAAAAUGUUGGAACUGGAUUGGUGGGGGCUCCAGCGUGUGGGGAUGUCAUGAAAUUACAGAUUCAAGUGGGUGAAAAGGGGAAGAUCGUGGACGCCAGGUUUAAGACAUUUGACUGUGGUUCUGCUAUCGCCUCCAGCUCAUUAGCCACCGAAUGGGUAAAGGGGAAGACGGUGGAGGAAGCCUUGACCAUCAAAAACACAGACAUCGCCAAGGAGCUGUGCCUCCCACCUGUGAAACUGCACUGCUCCAUGCUGGCCGAAGAUGCCAUCAAGGCUGCCCUGGCUGAUUAUAAACUGAAACAAGAACCCAAGAAAGGAGAGGCCGAGAAGAAAUGAGCCCCAGGCAAAGCCUCCCGCAGGUCACGCGGGCUGCUUGCCCCCUCACCGUGCAGUCACGUAGCUGUUCAGAAGCCCUUGCACUACAAUAAAAGCGCGGUGAGAUCCACACAGCAUUUG